GCCUUCGUUGCAAUGGGGCAGCAAGUAACUAAAAAGAAGUCGAUAGCCUUGGAAGAGGAAGAGGAAUGUACUAGGGGAGAUGGCCGCCAGAGGAAGAGCGUUAGAAACACUACCAAAGCUGAUCAGAAACUUGAGGAAGGACUCACUCUCUUCAACGCGGACUCAAGCUCAAGUCUUGCCAUCCCUUAGACGCGCUUUCUCUCUCUACGAUCAGAUCAAUCUCAUCAAUAAUGUCCCUGAAGACCAGCUUCGUUUCCAGGGAUAUACUGACACAGGAUUCACCGUGAAUGGGGUCACGUAUGAAGGCAGCUUGCUUUGUGUGGGAAAUUUGCUCACUUCUUGGGGCCCCCAUAAGUUUUCUGAAAUAACUCCCGAAAGCUUAUCUAUCUUCCAAAUCAUACGACCUAUUCCAGAAAUCUUGAUUCUUGGCUGUGGAAGGCUCAUUGAACCAGUAGAUCCUGAACUCAGGCACUUCAUCCGAUCUACUGGCAUGAAGUUGGAAGCCCUAGACUCGAGAAAUGCUUCAUCUACUUACAACAUACUGAAUGAGGAAGGUAGAAUUGUGGCUGCUGCACUGCUCCCAUACGGAGUGUCUUCAUGAACCUUGCUACUCCCAAUUUUACGAUG